AUGGGAGUACAGCAAUACGAAUGCCUUGAUGUUUCAAACCAGGCCCCGAAGCCCACAAAAAAAGAGGAAGUGUAUGCAAUAUCAGAGGUAGAAGACGGCAACUCCUUGAAAAGUGAAGAACAAGAGGCGGGUAUCGAGGGACGCGUCUAUAUCGCUGGCUUUGAGCUUGUCUUGCUGUUAUCAGCAUUGACGUCGGCCGCCGUUCUGGUGCUUAUUGACACUUCUAUUGUUGCCCCGCUAUACUGUAUAUUCCUGUCGACUAAUGAGCAGUCACCACAGGCGAUUCCCCGAAUUACAAGUCAAUUUCAUUCUCUCUCCGAUGUGGCAUGGUAUGGUAGUGCAUAUCAACUCACCAGUGCGUCUUUUCAGCCACUGACAGGGAAGAUCUAUACCUACUUCAACACCAAGGUACGCUGGCACAUGCACAUGUCUCGAUCAAAUACAAUUAAUAGGACCUUUAUUGUGCUUCUGUGUAUCUUUGAACUCAGCUCCUUGAUCUGUGCCUUAUCAUCAAGCUCUAAAAUGCUCAUUGUUGCACGGGCAAUGGCAGGCAUCGGGUCUUCAGGUAUUCAAAACGGCGCUUUGACGAUUAUCACCAGAUCCUUCCCUCCGGAAAAACAAGCACGUAUGCAUAAUAUUUCUGGUUUCUCUAGGUUGGAAGGACUUCACUAA